AUGUCCAAGUCAGAAGUAGUUGCCCUCGAUGUCUUUGACCCAAAAGGCCUCGAGUAUAUGAGAACACUCUUUCCGGGUGUCAUCGAGCCAGGACAUCCUGACCACGAUUCAUGGCUCGACCAUGCCGUCGGCCUGUUUGUUGCAAAGAGCCGGGUGACGGCAGACCUGAUUCAUCGGUCGAAGAAGUUGAAAUUCAUUGUCCGGCAUGGGGCUGGUUACGACAACAUUGAUGCAGCAGCAUGUGCCGAGAAAGGGGUAGUGUUGUGUAAUAUCCCGGGUGUCAAUGCUAUCAGCGUUGCCGAGGUCACCCUUGCCCUAACAGUUGCCUGCGCCAAAAACCUGGUCUUGAUAGCAACCCAAAUGCGGCAGGGCGAGACGCCCAACAAGCGAGUGAAAAGCCUGUAUUCAGCUUCUAUACUGACCGGAAAGACAUUCGGAAUCAUUGGUGGUGGCCGAAUCGGCCAACUUGUGGCGAAGAAGUUUAUUGGCGCAUUUGAGGGAAAGAUCAUCCUCUACGAUCCCUACAUAUCCGUCGAUAGCCCUGGUCCAUGGGCAUCAAUCCCACACGUGCGCGCAAAAUCCCUGGCCGAAGUGCUUCCCAUGGUCGAUGUGCUAUCCCUACACGUUCCUCUCAAUCCAGCAACAAAGGAUAUGAUCAAUCUCCCCCUUCUAAAGUCUAUGAAACCAACUUCUAUUCUGGUAAACUGCUCCCGGGGCGGCGUUGUGAACGAGGAAGAUUUAUGGACUUCAUUGAAAGAAGGUAUCAUUGCAUCGGCUGGAGUUGAUGUUUGGGUCCAUGAGCCCCCUACAAGAGAGUUUUAUGGGGAUAUCUUCGAUCUCGAGAAUCUCGUUAUAAGCCCUCAUAUCGGCGGAUCCCCUGCCGAAGUGCAGACCGCGACAUGCAUAAGUAUGUGUGACCACAUGAAGGAAAUGCUUGAUGGAAAGCCGCCGAGAGAUCGAGUGGCGUAA